AUGUCCAACGAUUCUACCAGCCAGCCGAUAGCCGGCAUUCACACCUUUGACCUGCCUUCCGUGUGGCUCGGUGACAUCGCGUUGUGGCUGCGCACUGUAGAGUCCCGUUUCGCCCUCCGUCAGAUCACACGAGAGGAUACGAAAUUUCACUAUGUUGUGGCAGCACUCCCAAUGGACAUCGCCACCGACCUCCGCGACAUCAUAGAUUGUCCGCCCACAGAAGCCCCUUAUACUGCCCUUAAGGAGGCUCUCAUUUCCCGCAUUUCCCUCUUAACGCUAAAACGUCUCCAACGUUUAAUUUCUGAGGAGGACCUCGGUGACAGGAAGCCUACGCAGCUUCUUAGACGUUUGGAGCAGUUGGCAGACGGACAAUAG